AUGACAAAUAAAUUGGAGAUGCAAGAUUCAAGAACAAAUUACGAAGUACUGAAAGUUUCCGUGGAAAGGAAUACUGCUGCCAAAGACGCUACUCGACGACCGAGCAUACCCAGUAUUCAAACACGAGUCACUGCCAUUUCUCAAAGGAGACGUUCUCGAUCAGGAAAAUCACCUUUGCCCGAGGCAAAUUUAAAUCAAGGCACAAUGACAAAAUUAUCGAAAACAGUAUUAGCAACUGGUGACAAUGUUACGGCACCCCCAAAAACGGCAUUCAAUUCUCAGGACAAAUCGAAAGAAUUACGUUCGAGUUCGUCACCGCGAUUAAAAAGUUUUCCAGCUGAAAGAAUUCGAAAAUUUGACAAUACAACGUUGUUUGAUAAUAAACCGAUUAGGGUUAUGGCUAAUCAAAAUUCUGAACAUUCGAAUGCAUUAUUCGUUCCAACUUCUUCGAUUCCUAAUCACGAGCAUGGUGAUCACGUUCAUGGGAUGCAUAAUGGGCAUCAACCUCAGUCACAGACCGCGGAAAAUACGUGCCAACAACAAAUUUGCACGAUGCAUCAAUCAAUUCCACAAUCAGACGGUGCGGUGACUUAUCGAGUACACGGUCCAGAUAGACAUCGACCAAAUGUACCACAUGGACAUCAAUCGUACGUAAAUCCUAUGACUGCAUCUACCACAUUGGCUUAUGUUCACAAUGGUCAAACACCUGUAGCUCAAUCGUCUACACCAAUUACGCUAAUAAAUCCACAGCAAUCUCUUAGAAAUUCUAACGAAAUGACAAAUGUGCAAAAAGAAAAUAAUUGGGUGAAAGAUGAACUACCUAGAGUUGUCGAUUUAGAAAAACAACCUGUUGGUGGACGAAACUUAAUGUUGCAUAGGCAAGCCGUGAUGCAAGAGAGACAACAACAACAACAACAACAACAACACUUACAAACACGAUCUCAUCCAGCAAUGUAUUCAAACGAUCAUUCGGUAUCUGUACCACCUUCGCAUAAUUUUAAUUCAUCUCAAACUAAUUCCAAUCCAAUCGUAACGCGUGAAAAUCCUCAGCAAAUUUAUCAACAAUUUCAAAACAAUUUAACAAAUCAACAACAAAUGCAGCAACGUGCAAUGAAUCAACAAUUUCAAAUGAUGUCUGGACAACAGCAAGAACAAUAUCAGCCUAAUGUUAAUCAAGGUGCUUAUUACAAUUAUUUUACUCAACCUAUACCUGCAAAAAUGACAAGUUCUUAUGGAAUGACUUCGCCUCAAGAUGCAAAUAUUAAUCAAACAAGAAAUACUCAGAACGCUAUAGUAUCGAUGCAACAAAAACAACAAUUAAUUAAUCAACAGAAUAAAAUAACACCGAGCAGUCAAAUAUCAAUCGAUAAUCCAAAUAUAAGUUCUCAAAUCAGACCAUAUACGAUUAACCUAGUUGAUAAUAAUAAAUCACAAAACGUUACUUACAAUCAUCAUCAUGGUCAAGUAUCUCAAUUAUAUCGACCACCAAUUCCAGGACAACAACUUGUAAAUUAUUAUCAACAAAAUAUGAUACCUCAAAAUGAUGUUCCUCAACAAAUAAUCACAACUGAAGUGCCUACAAAUCUUGAGAAAAGAAAUUUGAAAUUUACACCAAAAAUGAUUCGUGAUCAAGAACUUUUAGUUGCAACUAUGAAACAACAAGGAAUAUCCGAUGAAUUAAUGCGAAGACAAUUUGAUCAUUUGUUAAAAGAACAACGAAGACAACUCGAAUAUCUUGAACAAUUUCAUCAAGAAGGUGAAUCUCCUGAUACGAGAAAGCAGGAAACACGAAAGAAGAUACAAAUGGAUGAGAAACCUGAAUGGAUGGCUCACAUAACUCCACCACAUAUUCCUUACAGUGAUUUAGAAAAAUUAAACACCAAAAUUCAAGAAGAAAAUGUAAUUUCACAGCAACAUCAAGUUAAGGAGAAUUAUCCAGAUGAUUACAUUAAAAUACAACAAAAUGGAAAUAAUCAAGAAAUGAUACAAUCGAUCCAUGAUCAAUCUCAACAAAAGGUACAUCAAUUAUGGCAACAACAAAAUGUUAAUUGGCAACAACGAAUGGGAUUUCCAACAACAGGAACAGGAAUACCACCACAGUACGCGUAUGGUUCAUCCCAAACUCAUCCAUUAAAAUCAAUGUCUGUUCCACCUCAACAAUAUCAACAACAUUUUGUUAACAAUCCUAUGCAUCAAUCGCAAUAUUCUUAUUGGCAGUAUCCUCAACAAAUGCAACAACCAUAUCAACAACAAUAUUAUCAAACACCACAACAAGUUGCGUGGCAACAUGAUCAGUCUCAAAACGAAAAGAAUUCUCGUCUUUCUAAGAAAGCUAUUAGUCUGAACGAUUUGAACAUAAGGAAUGUGGAACCAUCGAGUUUAUUGAAACUAAGAUUAUAUAAGGAAGUAAUCCGUCCUCAAAAACGUAACAACGGUUUGCAAGAUCCAGAAACAAUUCAAAAAGCUUUGGAAAUCUUAAAUAAUCCAGAAAGUCAUGCGGGUCUUGAAUAUCUCGCGAAUCUAAAUCGAAAGAAACCAAAAAUUAAAUUAAACGGUAUACAAGAUCCGAACGAUAUUACACCAGAUUUAAUAACAAAACCAACAGGCUUCGAUAAUUCUAAUUCAAUAUUACGAAAAGGUGUCUCAGCCAAUGGUCUAGAAAAUAGUAGGAAUCCUAAUAAUCCACUUCCACAACCUCUAACGCAUUUAAAGAGAUCUGAAAUAAGAACGAUUGGUAAUGAAUAUCCAAAACAGAAACAGAACAAUCCACGAAAUCGUUACAGUUUGAUGGCUGAAAGAGAAGAUGGAACUGUAGCACCAACUCAACAAUAUCAAAUGUUUAGUCCAGAUCAACAGUUUAAUAAUAAUCACCAACAACAACAACAAAAUUAUCAAAAAUUAAUUCCGUACAAUGAUAAAAAUGCAUUAUCGGCAUUGAAUAAACCAAUGUCCUCCCAUCAGUUUGACGGUUCACUACAUCCGGAUUAUUAUCAACAGAUGCAACAAUUCAAUCAGAAUAAACAAAAUCUUAUUAGAAACAACGGACAAGGCGAUGUACCUUCGUUACAUAAAUCAAAUACAACAAAUAUCGCGUAUCUAGAUAGUCCUGGAGGCGACACUGCAGAUUUAUCGUAUUCCAAGGAAAACAGACAGAUCCAGAACAAAAUGGCACCACCUUACACACCAUUUGGCCUUACUCAAAGAUUGAAUGGAAGCUAUAAUUCGAUGGAUAUACGGGAAGCCAAAACUAUUGGGGGUGUAACGUACCUUGCCAGGAAAUCGGAAUAUAUACCAAAUCAACCAAUGAUACCUGGGAAUCUUUCGACUACUAAUAAAUAUAUACAACCAAACAUGAUAUAUCACUGA